GAUCUACACGAUUGAAGCGCUGAUAUCUGCGACCCAAAGAUCCGAACCACCCCUAGAUAUCAAUACACCCGUUACACUAUAUAAUCCCAUGCUCCGGACCGUGGUACUAAUACCCCAACUUGAACCUUCUCUCAAUCCACAUCAUGUCAGACGCACCGGAAGUCCAAGUCAAGGCCACCUCAAACGGCAUUCCUGUCCCAAGCUUCGACUUGCCAUUACCUGAUAGACCAGAAAUCAUCACCGCCAACAUUCAGAAGCUCACAGAGCUAACACCCAAUCCACGCAACAGGUUCAUAUUCAAGGCGCUGAUAAAGCACCUGCACCAGUUCAUCAACGAGACCAGUUUAACCACAGAAGAAUGGAUGGCAGCAAUUGAUUUCUUAACGCGCACUGGACAAAAGUGCACACCAUUGCGUCAAGAAACCAUUCUGCUAUCAGAUGUCCUAGGUGUUUCUGCUCUUGUCGAUUCGUUAAAUAAUCCCAUUGCGGGAGGGGCAACCGAGAACAGCGUCCUGGGUCCAUUCUUAACGGAGGACGCUGCAGAUGUGAACUUCGGUGAAUCGAUUGCGUCUGAAGGAAAGGGAGAUUACAUGUACGUCGAAGGUCGGAUCUUGACGACUGACGGGCAGCCAAUCCCUAAUGCCGUCAUUGAAACUUGGGAGACCGAUGCUAAUGGAUUCUAUGACAUCCAAUACGAAGACCGCACUCAUCCCGAUUGCAGAGGUCGCCUACGCUCUGGUGACGAUGGUAGAUUUGGCUAUCGUGCUGUUGUACCAGUAGCGUACCCAAUUCCUGGAGACGGUCCUGUUGGUGAACUUCUUCUCCUUCUUGGUCGACACAACAUGCGGCCAAAUCAUUUACACAUGAUGGUCGAAGCUCCUGGUUUCCACAAGUUAGUCACGGCAUUUUAUCCGGAUGGCUGUGACUAUUUAAGAAGCGAUUCCGUCUUUGGUGUUAAGAAAUCCUUGGUAGUGAACUUGAAGGAUAUUGUAGACGAUGAGGAAGCUCGUAAACGUGGGUUUCCUCACGGCGACUCGUUCAAGCUAUUGCAAUAUGACAUUGUAUUACUCACGGAAGAACAAUCUACCGCGAUGCGUGCUGGCAUUGAGGAGGAACGCUACACGAUUACCGAGAUCAUAAAAAGCACUAAAUCAUAAUGGACUUCAUCAUGAUACUGCAUUAUCAUUAUGUAUUUUGGAUAUUCCUAUGUAUCUUAGUCAUGUUAUUUGCUGUUUUUCGGAACGCCCCGUGUGACGUGGAAU